AUGACUGCCACAACCAACGGCACCGUGGUGCCCACGGCGCCAGCAGCCGGCCCGAAGCUGCCCUCGGCCAUUCAUCCCGACUUCAUGGACAAGCUGGACGAGGACUUUAUCGCCUACUACAACGCGAACCUGGGCAUUAAGCCCGUGACGCACAACGUGACGAUUGAGGACAUUCGCACGUACCCGGGCAGGUAUGCGUCGCCCUGGUACAAGGACUUUCGGUUCGAGCCGUUUGUCAACGACAUCAAGAUCAAGGCGGACGACGGGCACGAGUUUGCCGCCCGCGUGUACACCCCUGAUGCCAGGACGUCGCCAUUUGGCGCGGGACCGUAUCCUGUGUACAUUAAUUUCCACGGUGGCGGUUACACAUUUGGAAGCCUUCAGGGUGAUGCUGAGCUCUGCAUGCUGAUCCGCGAUCGUGUUGGGAUUCUCGUCCUUGACGUCGAUUAUCGGCUUUGCCCUGAAAACACUUUCCUUAAAGGCCACGAUGACUGCUGGGCCGCCAUCCGCUGGGUUGCCAGCCAUGGUCAAGAGAUCAACGGCCGCCCCGACUCCAUCUCCAUCGGAGGCAUCUCUGCUGGAGGCCACAUCAGCGCCGUGGCACAACAGCUUGCCCGUGACUCUGGCCUUGAGAUCAAGUUGGCCGUCCUCGCCGUUCCCGCCACAGACUCCCAUCUCGGCCUGGAAAAGGCCUCCGACUCGCCUUACCCAUCCUUUUCAGAGAACGAGUUUGCCCCGUGCCUGAACUGGGCCCGCAUGAAGUACUUCAUGGAUCACUGCCAACCGACAACCGAUGCGCAGCGCGCGGAGCUCGCAGCGCGGCCGGAGUGGCACAGCAGCCCCAUCAAGGGCGACGUGCGCGGCGUGUGCGACACUAUGGUCAUUACAGCCGAGCGCGAUCCUCUGCGUGACGAGGGCGAGGCGUACGCGCGCAAGCUGGUCGAGGCUGGCGUUCGGGUGACGGUCAGGCGGUACACGGGCGUGCCGCACCCGUUCAUGCACAUGCUGACGAUUAACAAGGCCAAGAUGUAUAUCAACGACGUUUGUGCAGAGUUGCGACGGGUUCAUGGUGCAUAA